AUGGCAUCCAGACCACCCAUGUCCAUGUGGAUCUCAGAUAGUGUUUAUGAGAAAGAGCACUACUGCUACCUAGACGACUUUCAAGGAAGGAAGUUCAAAACCCUCCUUCCCAGUUGUGUUGGCAGGAGGUAUGUUGGAUUAACUUGUGGUUACUUGGUGAUGUUAAGUUUGAAAACCCACGACUACUGGCUUGUGAAUCCUAUCACCAGGCAUGAACUUUAUUUCCCUCCUAUCCCUUAUAUAUCAAAUCUUAUUCCAUUCAGGGCUAUCCUGGUCUUUUCACCUUCGGUAUCCUGGUGGUUGUUUGUUCUUUUAGAGAGAUUCUCCUGUAUAAUAUGGUUUUCAACGGUGGGUAAAGGUGCAUGGAAUUAUGUCUCCUCUGCUUUUUCCAUCAUUGAUUUACAUGUUUUCCACGGGAAGAUAUAUGCUCUAAACAACGAUUGGCAAUUAUGUGAGAUGAGACUCAGUCUAGACCCCAAAUUGACAUUACUUGAAAUCAAGAAUUCUCCAAAGGAACUCUUCUCAGUUUCGAUGCUUGUAAGUUCGGAUGAAAACCUUUAUUUGAUGGGUCACAGUUUAAAAGAUCCGAUUCAGGAACUAGAUUUUGGCAAAAUGAAAUGGGUGCCACCAAAAGAAAAGACAAUACGAGAAUAUGCUUUCUUUCAUGGCGACGCGUACAUGAUGUGUUGGACUGCUAUAAAAUUAGAGUCGUGGGUUGUUCCUCGGCCACAAUACAACAUAUAUGAUUGCUUCGUUGAGAAAUAUCAAAAAGGUAGGUUCUUUUCUUCAAGGAUGUGGUACUUCCCUCAUGAUUGUUUGGAUAUUAAUCUCAUAAAUUAA